AUGGCCACAUUGCAGAUAGAGGGCAAUACUCCAUCAUCCACUGUAUUAUCCGACAACAAUCAACAACAAACACCUCCCAUCACGAACGAUCCGAUAAUACAUGCAGAAUCGGAGGAUGAUGGUGAAUUGGAAACCAACAGCAGUGAUCUUCAAGGAAAUACUGCUGUUGUGAGUAGUAAGAGAUUGAGCCAUUCUUCAUCAACAUCAACAGCAGGAACAAUCUUUGAGAGUAAUCAUCACAAUGAUACUACUAGUACUAUUGAAGAAGAAGAAUUAUUACCAACAACAAGUAGUGCAUCUACAACUAUUGGUAAAUUGAGUAAAUCGAAGAGUUUUAUUCAUGCAUCCAAUCAACCAUUGGGAAGAUUGAAGGUCUUCUCAUCAUGGGUAAACAAACAAAUGCAAAGCAAGUUGAAUUUGUUUGCCAAAAAUUUCAAUGCACUCAUCAAGGAAGUUGUUCAACCAGCAGAGGGAGGAGAAGGAAACAAUGAAGGUGAUAAUAGUAGUUCGAAUAAUUCUGUUUCUACCCCGAGAUUGGAGAGUAAUUUCUCAAAUUCAUUCAUUCACAUGUUACGUCCACAGAAUCAACAAAUUUAUUAUUCACCUGAUUUACUGAAUGAAGAUUUUGAGGAGGGAAAUUUAUUGAGUGCAUCAGUUUCGGACAUUAAUGAGGAGGAUGAUGAAAACUCAAUUGAGGAAUAUGUAAAUAAUAACGAAAGAAGAGAAAGAAGAACACUUUUGAAUUCUUCUUCUGCUGCAAAUAUUCCAAAAGGAAUUACUCUUGACAGUUCAGAAUCCAUCAUUCAUAUUGAAACUCCUGCCUCAUCAUUUAAAAAGAAUGUCAUUAUCAUGUUUAUAUUUGGAGUUGUAGUUACAAGCAUUGCUUGUUAUGUACCAAUUGACUAUAUUUCCCACAAGAUUGAAGAUUAUGACUCGAGCUCGUAUCUGAUCAUUUCAGCAUACUUACUGUUAUAUUACCUUUUCAUAAUUCUUUAUUUAUUUUUGAUUAUUUAUGCUUUCACCUACAAGUUGCUAUAUUGUAAAUUAUUAUUGACCUAUGUUGUCACAACUAAGAGAUUAUUUAUUUGCAGAGGAUACUAUGCAUUCGAGAGCUUUAUCCAAAAGAUUGGAAAUAAUAUUGGACUUUCGUAUUUCGAAAGAGAAGAUCCAAUAUCUUCAUGGAGUCUCAAAGAUGACAUUGAGGAAAUUAUUUUCACUCUAGAUUUUAACAAUAACCCUGCCAAAAUAGAUGCAAAUAGUGUUGGAAGUGUCUACUUUGGACAUAGAGUUGAACGAGUCUUCUUACCAUUUUCCAUGGUUACUGAAAUUACCAAUGCUGGUUUCGUCUCGAUACCUAACAUUUAUUCCAUGUUAGAUAGAAUAAUUGUUCAAUGCAAUCGAUUGGGUAACAGUUCAAUUCAGAAAGCACGACUUGCACCACCAACCGAUCAAGCUCUCAUUCCUCGAGUCAUUGAAAAGAGAUAUGCUCUAUGUGGCUUACCUAUCUUUUACUGUUUACAACAAACUCAAUCAGGUAUAAAAAUUGGAAAGAUUUCGAAUGAAGAACUUCACACAACUGGCAAUAGUUACAUUUAG